AUGACCGAAAAGGACUAUUUCAGCUUCAAACAGGGCUAUACGCUCGAGGAGAAAGCUGGUAAUUCUGGCAGGGUGAAAGGACGGUCGAAAAACAAGAGCUAUACGCAAGGAAAUGGAAACACACGAUCGUUUUCUCCGUCCAGACAGAUGAGCAAUCUGCAAGGCCAGCAGCCCCGAAGUCCGGGAUAUUACACAGCUACAACACUCAGGAGUCCAUCAGGAGUACAGGGGCAUUCCCCAAUGAAUACUCUCAAGCUCAGUACAAGUAGUCUGAAGCAUGCCAUGAGCAUGGUUUCACCUCCCCCAGGCGCGCCUUCCGUACGCUCCAGCAGACAACCGUCAAUUUCAGGCAACUCCAGCGGGAAGCAGAGUGGUCAGAACGGCUCUCAUAACUCCGGGACUGGGCUUAUGUCUCCUGGACGACAGAAAACUCGAUCCAACUCGCUCAGCAGUAGAGUGCCCUCGACACUCAGUCUGGAUUCUAGCUUAGCACCCACACUCGUGUUGCCACCCAAUUUGGCGUCGCUGAACUCGCAAAGUACUUCGACCCUAAAUUCGCCCCAAAACCAGCUCAGUGCAGGAAUGAACAGCGCUUCUAAUAAUGCCAGUUCUUCGUCUCUUCAUCACGAUUCAACUGCUUCUUCGACAUCAUCUACUCGUUCUUCGCAUGCCGCUAGUUCGAAUUCCGUGUACCGCUCCUUCAAACCCAUGCAAAAGCAAUACGUGCUGAAUGAAGAGCUAUACCUUAAUCGCAUGAAAAAGAGCAACCUUGACGACUAUUACACCCGUGGAAUCGCAGCUUCGGGCAAUGAUGAGGAUGACGAAACGGACACAGAAGCAGAAGUUGACGAUACGGACGCAGAUGAAUCCUCCUUCGGUACCAAUUUUUUCACCACGACAGAAAAAGGCGGAACCCUAACGUUUGAUGACGAGCUUGUCACCAUGAGCUCGAAGUUUUUGCUUGGUCGUAUGGACUGGCUCAGACAAGCAGAUCCAGAGAACCCCGAUGUUAAAGGUCUACUUGGGACACAACAACGGAUCCCUUCUGGUCCCAGCACCGGGAGAACAAUGUAUUCUACAACAGUCGGGACCGCUGAAGGUAACAGCUACGCAUAUGUCCAGCGCCUUUCGAGAAAUUCGCAUGUUUUGGAUAGGCUUGAAUGGCAAGCAAUGCUAGCCAAUGUGUUAAAAGGUGACAUCGUCAAGAGCGAAAAAAGUAAAAUCUCUUAUCAAGGGGGGCAUAUAAACACCGGUACCCAGUAUGCUGAUGAAUUAUGGCUAGAGUUGAAAGCUUGGAUGAAUUGCAGGUCAAUUGAAGAAGAACGGAAAACUCUCGAGUAUCUCAGAAACUCUACGGAUUCGGUAUUUGAUGAGAUAAUGCAAAUGAAAUUUGAUGAUAAUGUUGAAGUCGAAUACGCGGUUAGCAGGAUCAAGCCCGUUAUAAACAGGUAUCACCAAGUCACAUCAUACUGGAAAAAUGAUCAACAUAUGCAAUAUGAAAAGCCUCUGACAGGCCGCGACGAAUUUACGCACCGCAUUGCCGCCAUGAACACCUUUCUCACUUUGAAAGAUGCUUUCGAAUGUGAAAUCGAGGCUCUUAAGAGAUGGACCGGUAACGAAUCGCUAGACGUAAAAUUCACGUCAACGUUUUACGAUAUCGAGGGCGUUUAUAAGAACGAACGGCCAUUCGCGGAACAAAUAUUGAAAGAACGCGAUAUCGAAAGUAUAUUUCAAAGGAAAUUGUUCUACCGUCAUGCGCCGUGGAUUUUAAAAGCAAAAGUGUCUAUAUUCACACUUUCAGAAACAGUAAAGGAGAUGAAAAUACCACUUUUACACAGAGAGCUAGAAAUAUUACUCAUGUUUCCUUUCAAGUUAGUGAAAGAAAUCAUUUUAAUUCGGCUGGAUUAUGCCAAGAAACUCAAUAACCCUACUAUGAUGAUGAUCGAUCAAAUGAUAGAUGAUUUCAGUUCAUACAUCAGACUUUCAGUACAGAUUAAGCACACCGUAGUGGUAUACUGCUCGGAUUGGAGUUUUUCGCCUCAAGUUGAUGCCGAUUUUGAUGAUGCAGUUAAUGAGGCGAUUAAAUAUUUAUUCAAGCUUCUUCACUUGAAACUCAUUGACAGCGCCAAAAAAUCAUUCAAAACUUUUAGAGAACCAGAUGAGCUGUUGAAGUUCUGGGAUCAGCUGAAAAAUGUCGGGUGUUUUAUCUCUGGUGCUGGUGAUGUUGUUGCCGAAGGCUUUUCAAACCUAACUCUGCGACUACUAAACCGGUUACACUCGUACAUUCUUCGCGAACAAAAUCACCCACCUCGCUUUCACAAAGAAGCUGAUGCAGAGAAGUGGUUGAUUCAAGUAAUAGAGAAUAUUGGCUCGGUGAAGCGAAAGAUAAACAGAUUUUCUAACGUUCUUGCCAAAGCUUUCCAGAACUCGGUCAACUAUAAGGUUAACGAUAAUCAAGAGCUUCUAAAGAAUCUGAAGGAUAGUGGCCACUUUCUAAUUUACACAGGUGGUGAACUGGAAGGGAGCGGUGUAUACUUGUUUUGCAGCGGCGAGUUGUUAGGGAGCUCUGACGAGGAAAUCCUGAAAAUUCUUCAUAACUCAGAAAUUGGCUCAGAUUUGCUUCCAAAUGUGGAAAUCAAGAACAGCCUGAGCGUUUACAAUGCUCUCGAAAGUGGCUGGGAUCAAAACGCUAUUUUAUUUCAGGAAUACGGGGCUAAUGGUGUGACCUACUAUCACGUCCAAUCUGAAGCUCAUGGCAGAAAUACUCUAGUCAGAGGCAAUCGUACGGGCAAUCAAAAUGGCAACAACGCAUUUGAAGAUUUGAAAAGCGAGGAAAACGAAAUGUUUGAACUUGAAGUGAAAUUAAAAUCUCUGGGAUACAUUGUCGCGUAUUGUCCCCAAGAGCCUAUCUUAUGGGAAGGAGACAUGCUCAAUCUCUCCGAAGGUCUCGUGCUUACGAAAAGAGAUUUUGAUAUCAAGUUACCAAGUGACACCUUAGUUCUUCUCAAUCAAGGCUCGACUUAUGCUAUGGAAUAUCAAUGUGACAAAUUUCAGCACUUUGUAGGAAACGCAGUUUCCUUCAGCGAGAGACGAUGCUCAACAAGCACUAUCGAAUACACCCUUCAGAAAAUCAACAGAGCUUAUUUCAGAAUCACCUACACCGUGUUGGCGAACAUGCAAAAGAUCACAGAUUCUGUUCAAAAAGAUUAUCGUGGUAACGAGACCUUGAACAACUUGUUCAUAUUCUGUCGUGACUUUGCUAGAAACUUCCUUCGAGUAAAUGUGGCAACUUAUGAAAAGAAAUCGAUAAUAAUACUAAUACUCAUGAAGAUUAGUAUAAACUGGAUUACGUUCUUGGUAGAUGAUUGCGAUCCUACGGAUUUGCGGACUUUUAGGUGGUGUGUGCCGGCAAUGGAAUUUGCUAUGCAGAUGACCAUGGGAUGGAACAUUUUAGGCUUGGACCAGAAACAAUUCUCUGUUUUACAAGAGAAAAUAUCAGGAUGCAUGUCUUUGCUUAUUUCCCACUUCGAUAUCAUGGGUGCCAGAACAUCGGAAGCAGAGAAAAUAAGUCAUCCUCAAAUCAGGUCUACCAUAGGUACUUGCGAAGAUGAUAAUGAUUCCAUUCUCGCUGUCAACUCAAAGGUUCGUCUUGAAGCUAUUCAAGAAUUAGAGAAGAGAGUCAAGGGAAACCCUCGUCACAUCGGGAAAGUCUUGGAUGAAUCCGAUCGCGAUAACCAGUAUUUGCAGUCCUUGGCCUCGUCCCUGUCUAAUGUCUCCAUUAGAUGGCAGAAGCGAAACUUCGUUGGCGGAGGAUCUUUUGGAACUGUAUUUUCUGCAGUUAAUCUAGACACUGGUGAAAUUUUGGCAGUGAAAGAGAUCAAAAUUAAAGAUCGCAAGUCUAUGAAGGAAGUUUUCCCUGCCAUCAAGGAAGAAAUGAGUGUACUGGAGAUGUUGAAUCAUCCAAACGUGGUCCAGUACUACGGUGUUGAGGUCCACAGGGACAAAGUCAACUUAUUUAUGGAAUACUGCGAGGGUGGGUCCUUGGCCCAGCUUUUGGAGCAUGGAAGAAUCGAGGAUGAAAUGGUGACGCAAGUCUACGCUUUACAGAUGUUGGAAGGUCUCGCGUACUUGCAUCAGUCUAGCGUGGUACAUCGGGACAUAAAGCCGGAGAAUAUUCUGUUGGAUUUCAACGGGGUAAUCAAGUAUGUGGACUUCGGAGCCGCCAGAUCGCUGGCUGCAAAUGGCACCAAGGUUGCAAAUCCUGCCACCGAGAACAAGGGCGAAGGGGUUAACAGUAUGAUGGGAACGCCAAUGUACAUGUCUCCAGAAUCCGUCACGGGAGCCGAAAAGGGUAAAUUUGGUUCUGGUGAUAUUUGGUCGCUUGGGUGCGUUAUUUUAGAAAUGGUAACUGGACGGAGGCCUUGGUUUAACUUAGACAAUGAAUGGGCUAUCAUGUAUCAUGUGGCCGCCGGCCAUGUGCCGCAACUGCCGUCGAAGGACGAGGUUUCAUCACAGGGCAUCAGUUUCCUGCUUAGAUGUUUGAAACAAGACCCGAACCAACGUGCGACAGCGAUGGAGCUUUUGUGUGAUCCGUGGAUGGUCGAAAUCCGCCAAUUGGCGUUUGAGGAUGACGGCUCGGACCAACAAGCCGGGACUCCGAUUGUGUAA